AUUUCUUACAGUCAUACAGUGCACAGUCUCAUUAGCAUGCUAGUUAAUGAAUUUCCUGUUAUUAUCUAGAAUUUAUUCAUACCUCAAUUGUGGUUUCAUCAAGAAACUUGGUAGUUUAUGAGUAUUAAGUGAAAUUGUUAUCCAACGUUAUAUAAAGGUCCUAACUAGCAAAAUUUUCUGUGAUAUUCCACGUUCCCCGUCUAUGUUUCAUUAAAGUAUUCUAGGUGACUCGCACAGUUAUGUUUGUAGGAUGGUUCGGCCACAUUCUUCUUUUGUCGUUCUUGUUCAAAACAAGCGGCGGUGUGCAACGUUUUCCCAAAAAUUUUAAAUUUGGAGCAGCCACAGCAGCCGUCCAAGUUGAAGGAGCAUGGAAUGACGAUGGUAAAGGAACAAAUAAAUGGGACGAAUAUUACCUUUUGCACCCUCACGCUAAUUCCGACAAUUCAACACCAAAAGUGGCUGCUAACUCAUAUUAUCUGUGGAAACAGGAUGUAGACAUAGCUGCAGAACUGGGAUUAGAUGUAUAUAGAUUUUCUAUAUCAUGGUCGCGUAUCCUGCCAACUGGCUUAGCAGAUAAAAUGAACUACAAAGGCAUACAGUAUUACAAUGGUUUAAUAGACAGCCUGGUAGCAGCAGGGGUAGAACCGCUCGUCACCAUAUACCACUUGGAUUUACCAUACACUUUGGUAGAACUUGGUGGCUGGACAAAUCCAUCAUCAGUGGAUUGGUUCUUCGAAUACGCAAAGCUCGUUUUCUCACUCUACAGUGAUAGAGUAAAGUAUUGGAUUACAAUUAACGAACCGUGGAUGAUCUGUGACGUUUGGUUGAACUCUCCAAAUCCGAAGGACAAAUACAUAUGCACCAAGAAUAUCUUGUUGGCACAUGCAAAGGUGUACAGAUAUUACCACGAGAUGUACAAGUCUGCGAAAGGACAAGUAUCCAUUGCAAACUUCUUAUUUUGGCUAAAACCAGUAGAUUCUUCGACCGACCAUGAAAAGGAGCUCAUUAAAUUUCUCAAUCAAUAUAAUGUUGGUAGAUUCUUCCAUCCUAUUUACUCAAAACAUGGAGGAUGGCCAGCAUUGGCAGAACAGCUUAUUUCCAAUUUAAGUAUUGCAAAUGGAUCACAUGUUUCGUGGUUACCUGCUUUUACUGAUGAUGAGAAAGAACUAGUUCGAGGUUCAGCCGACUUCCUUUCCUUUAACUACUAUUCAACAAAAACUCUUAAAAUGACAGAUAAAACAGAUCCGCAGGCUUUUAGGUCAUUGACAUCUAUUGGAGGCCAUUUCAAACCAGUGCAUUUACCAGGAGCAUUUGCGCAAAAAUGCAUAAGUCAUAGUAUAUACCCUUACAGCUUAAGAAACAUCAUUUCAUGGCUCAGAAGCGAAUAUGGAGACUGGGACAUAAUGAUCUCGGAGAACGGCUACCCAUAUUGUAAUAGAACUUUGCACGACCCUAUGCGAAUAACGGUCAUCAAUAAAUUUUUGAAACAGAUUCUAACAUCAAUACAUAAAGACAAAGCCAAAAUAAUUGGAUAUAUGUACUUCGCCUUAAUAGAUGGAUUCGAGUUUUUCAGUGGGUUUACAGCCCGAUUUGGUUUGUACGACGUCGAUUUCAAUGACACAAAGACACCAAGAACACCACGCGACUCUGCUCGCUAUUACACCUGUCUCACAAAGAACAGGACUUUAGCAAGCUGUGACUUCAUGGUUAGCGACUCCAGCACUAGCAGUUCAAGUAUACAAGUCAUCAUAAUAACUCUGUUAUCCAUUCUGUAUCGUUGUAUCGGUUAAACUUCUAAUGCAUUACAAAUGGACGUAGUCCCUGAAAAACGUUCGAAGCCACGAACAUCACAUUUCAAGGAAUUCGUGUUUAAAGUUUAAUCAAUAUUAGUGUAUUCCCUACGUGUGGGUAGGGCUACUAAGUCAUUAUGGCAUUUAAAGAGUGACAGAAGGGGUGCCAUUUUUCGUCAUUCAUUAAUAUGAAUCACGUGACCAGUUUUGUGUUCUUAACUCGAUUUCGAUACGAUUGCGGUUUGGAACGUUUUUCUGGAAUUACGUUCAAAUAAACUGAGUAUAAAGUUAAACCUGUGAAUAAAACUGAAACUUAGUAUACUACCAUAAUAGAUAAACCCUGUGUCAAAAUGAGAUAACUAUCCUUACAUAAAAACCUAGGUGUGCGAAAGAGACGGAAUAGAUGAAGACCAUGAAACAGUUUGUAAAGAAUUUAGUUUCCAUUAGUCUCCUGUCAAAUUGGACCGCAUUUGAAUUUUAGUGUUUUUAUCGUUAUUGUUCUGUUUUAACGGAUAUUAAUUACAAAAUAAAAUGGUGUCGCGCUCUGUAUUAGUUUAUGUUGUUACUUAAAGCAACAAUCCAACUAAGGUAACAUUUCACAGGUAAAUAAAUACUGACUCUUGAAUACCUACUACUUUCGUGAUGUUUAUUUUCGCAAAACCUAUUAUGCACUAAAAUACUAAAUAUUACAUUUUAUGUACCCAGUAUGCACUCUUUAAAAGAAAAUAUGUUUUAGAUAAUAAAAUAUUAUAGACGUGAAUAUGACGCCGUUUAUCAAUAUUUGUAAUAGGGAUUGACCAAAAGCAAAAUACUACAUACUUCACCAAAUCACUCACACAUCUGUAACAUCUGUGUACUAUUAACAUUUUAAAUUUAGUCUCGCCGUAAUGAGGAGAGUGUUUGUCUAUUACGUUGGUAUACCAAGUUUUAUGUAAUAAACAAAGAAUAUGCAAAAUGUUUACAAAUAUGCAUUUUGCUUACGAUUGGUUUAUUCGGACGUAUAAGGCUAGGGUUACUAUGGAUGCGAGUUCUGACGAAAAUUUGUUCUGACGGAUUCGUCAGAAGAAACAAACGCCUGGUAUCCGUCUGGACAGUGUUUACACUGGCAACGACGAACGCGUCAGAACAUGCACGACGUCGUCAGAACUACUCGAGCGUUCAAACGAGUUUGAUUUAUUCGCACGACCGUCUACGUCUGCGAAUUUCGAGUGAUUUGGUUUCCACCAUGGAUAACGAUAAAUUGAUCAGUCUCGUGUACGAGAACAGGUGUUUGUGGGAUAUGAGAGACAAAAAUUAUCACAACAGAGAUAUUUCUCGGCAAAAGUGGGAGAAAGUUGUUACAGAACUCAACACUACAUUUGGACCUCUCCUUUGUCGUCUCUUCUAGAUAAUAACUCGUUGACAUGCUCUGUCUUUCCACCAUUUACCAAUAAUAAUUUAAAUAAUGGACUUUCAAGAAAAUCAAAUUCAUCAAAUUCAUCCAUCUUCGCUGGACGGCAGAAACGAGCUGACUAUCAGAAUAACAGAAAACGCGCAUAGUGUAAACGCCUUGUUCUGACGAGGAUUUCGUACGUACAGAACAAAUUUUCGUCAGAACUCGCAUCCAUAGUAACCCUAGCCUAACGCAACGAAUCAAUUUCGCAAUCGCUGCUUGACAUUCGGAAAACUUUAGAAGUUGAUACUUCACAUUUUAAGGAAUUCGUGUUUAAAGUUUAAUAAAUAUUAGUGUAUUCCCUACACGUGGGUUGGGCUACUAAGUCAUUAUGGCAUUUAAAGAGUGACAGAAUGGGUGUCAUUUUUCGUCAUUCAUUAAUAUGAAUCACGUGACCAGUUUUGUGUUCUUAACUCGAUUUCGAUACGAUUGCGGUUUGGAACGUUUUUCUGGAAUUACGUUCAAAUAAACUGAGUAUAAAGUUAAACCUGUGAAUAAAACUGAAACUUAGUAUACUACCACUACUAUAAAAUGAUUUUUAUUGACAGUAUUGUCAGGGAUAUAGUCAACAUUUUGCAUACUCUUGGAUUAUUCACAGGUAGGUUUAACCAUGUAUAUUUGUAGGGCCGCUAGAUUUUAUUAUUUACUGCAAAAGGAGCCCUUGGCUUGUAAUUCUACAAUGAUUCGUAGGUGUUCACAUGUAUAACGUUAAAGUUUUAUUCUUCGAUAUCAGAGAAAAGUAACCUUAACUUGCUAAAAUUGUUAAAUAUAACGUAACAAAUGAUGAUUAAAUUAAUAUUUUUAAUAUGUUCUAUAAUUUGUUAGUAUCUGCCUUGAAAACACUAGCAGCCUUACAAAUAAACUUGGUACAAAGUUUAACUGAUAAACAAAGAAAAUGCAAAAUGUUUACAAUAUCUUUGACAACACUGUCAAUACUGAAGUUUUCCUAAUGACAAGCCGCCUUGCAAAUAAAGGCGGGAAACGUUAUACGUACGAACAAACCAUUCGUAAGCAAAAUGUCUAUUUGUAAACAUUUUACAUAUUCUUGGUUUAUGCUUAGUUAUAACUCUAUGCCAUUUUUAUUUGUAAGGCCGUAUAAAUAUUACUGUUAAGCUAUUUAAUUAUUGUAUCUUCGAAUUUUUAAUUACUUUCUUUGUGUAUUAUACAUCACCAUUAUUCAACAUUCUAUGACAAUGUAAACGGUCUGGUGACACAAUUACUUUUAACUUAGAUUACUACUAUAUUAUAAUUUAUAAGUACCUAUUGUGAACACUGUUGACCCUAAUAAAUAAAAUGUUAUUCGCUUAGAGAUGUAUUAAUUAUCUAAGCCAUAGAUAAUUAAGAAGUCUAGAUAGAACCUCUUGCUGUUGUUAGCCAAUGCAUGAUAACUUUUAUACAAAAGGUUUAUUACUUUAGUGUAUAUGACAGCUACGUCUUACACUCGCGAUAGGUCAGUCACUUUGUUUUCAAGUUCCUGCCUUGCUCAAAAUAUAGGCUAACAGUUCGCUGCUACUUUUUUUCGACGUGUUCAGAGCUGUCACAGUCUAUCUAGACAUUAAAAUUAUGUAAGUUUAUUUUAGUCGUCAUUUAAGUUUUUAGCACUUCUUUUUCAUUUUCAUGAUCAAAUAACACUUCUCCGUGAACGCAGUGUACUUAAAAGGAUCUAAAGGUUUUCAAUUCAUUUCAUUGAUCUAAAUUUUUUCAUUCAUUUAUUAUCAAAGUACCUUACAUAUAUACCUUCCGAAAUCGGCAAGUGCCCCGGGUCGCGGUACGCCUUAUAUCGGCGUGAUUUUAGCGCGCAAGCAGUGGUCUGUCAAUGCGUAUUAAUUUACGUGUAUUAUGAUUUGAGUGAAUGUAUCUGAAAGCUAUUGAAACAAGCUAUAAUGCCAUGCAAAAUAAACCAUCUUAUAACCAAUCUAAGAGUCAGAACUUGGCGAGCGAAUAGUGUGCCGUGCGGCACUUUCGCUUUUCGUGUAUUUGAAAAAUCUAGCCCUUGGAUACUUGCCGAUUUCGGAAGUUCAAUAUAGAUAUAUAAUUGAUAUUCUUUGUUUUUAUUCCGUAGGGAUAUCAAUAAUUUAUGUUUUUUAGUGUUUAAGAUGUAUAUUUACUUACUAAGACAAAGUGUUCCUAAAAAUAAAAGGUUUUCUCCACAAA